AGGUUCGAAAAGUCUCUCUACGACCUUAUUCGGGGUCUGCGGAACCACAAGGGGAACGAGAAGGAAUAUAUCCAGAACAGUCUGAAAGAAUGUCGGGCAGAGAUUCGAAGCCAGGAUAUGGACCUCAAGGCCACCGCACUGCUGAAGCUCGUAUACCUCGAAAUGUUUGGCCACGAUAUGUCCUGGGCUUCCUUCCACGUUCUGGAGGUCAUGUCUUCGCCAAAAUAUCUCCAGAAACGAGUCGGAUACCUAGGCGCCGUUCAGAGUUUCCGACCUGACACAGAGGUUUUGAUGCUGGCUACGAAUCUAUUGAAGAAGGAUUUAUCCUCUUCAUCCGCAACUACCAUGUCUCUCCCUAUCAUAACCCUUCCACAUAUCAUCACACCUUCUCUGGCCCUCUCAGUCCUCUCAGAUCUACUACCGAGAUUAACGCAUUCACAUCCAGCGAUUCGAAAGAAGACGAUUGUGACCCUAUACAGAUUGGCUCUCGUCUAUCCGGAAACCCUGAGGCCCGCAUGGCCCAAAAUAAAGGAACGAUUGAUGGAUGAGGGUGAGGAUCCAAGUGUGACAGCCGCAAUUGUAAAUGUUGUGUGCGAGUUGGGUUGGCGGAGACCUCAAGAUUUCUUGCCUCUCGCUCCUAGAUUAUUUGAGCUCCUCGUGGACAGUGGGAACAAUUGGAUGGCUAUUAAGCUGAUCAAGCUGUUUGCGACCUUGACCCCCCUUGAACCUCGACUGGUACGGAAGCUUCUACCACCGCUUACUUCUAUUAUUCGAACGACUCCUGCUAUGUCACUCUUGUAUGAAUGUAUAAAUGGCAUCAUCCAGGGUGGCAUUCUAAAUGGUAGUGAUGAAUCUGCUGCUGGGGAAGAGAUUGCUACUCUAUGUGUGAGUAAACUUCGGGGGAUGAUUAUGGUUGAAGGAGACCCAAAUCUGAAAUAUGUUGCUCUGUUAGCUUUCAACAAAAUUGUUGUCACCCAUCCCUUUCUCGUUGCUCAACAAGAAGAUGUGAUUAUGGACUGUAUAGACAGCCCGGAUAUCUCAAUUCGAUUACGAGCUUUGGAUCUUGUUGUUGGGAUGGUCAGCAGCGAUAAUCUAAUGUCAAUUGUGGGUCGAUUAAUGAGACAGUUACGAAACUCCGCUUCAGCGCCUUCCGAUGACCAGAAUCAUGUCCCAACAGCUAUUGAGCCAGCCGCAGAUUCAGAUGAUGAGUCCCCGGAAGUUACCAUAAGACCUGACAAAGGAUCCUCGAAAGACCCUCUGCUUCCAGAUGACUACAAGAUCGAUGUCAUCAAUCGAAUACUUCAGAUGUGCUCCAGUAAUAACUACGGAAACCUCGUGGAUUUCGACUGGUAUAUUGAUAUCCUAAUACAACUGGUCCGAAAUGCACCAAUUCCAAGUCAGGCAUCACGUUCACAAGAUUUGGACUUGGAAACAAAAGAGAUGGCGAAGGUUGAUGUCUCAGAACGGAUUGGAGAUGAGCUGCGCAGUGUUGCAGUGAAAGUGAAAGCUGUGAGGUUACAGGCAACAAGAGCUGCUGAGUCCAUCCUCAUUUCAACGUACACCGAUAGUUCUACUCAAGUCACUGUGGGGCUCGGAGCCCUGAAACCUAUAGCAUGGAUCGUGGGAGAAUACGCAUCUUCACUCAACUCCCCCGAUGGUACCUUAACCGCUCUUCUACACAUCACCAGAAGCUCAGUCCCUGCGGAGACGCUUAUAGUCUAUCUGCAGGCUGUACCCAAGAUAUUUGCUUUGAUGGCUGGGGAUGACCAAACCCCAUGGACACCGGAACGGAAAACAAUGAUAUCGCUUCUGAUGGGUCGUAUAAUCCAUGCCUAUGAACCUCUGGCCAUGCAUCCCGACCUAGAAGUUCAAGAACGAGCUGUAGAGUUCUUAGAGCUUUUGAAGUUAGCUGCUGAAGCAUCCUCGGGACAACAGGCAUCAUCGGAUUCCACGGAGCAAGACACGCCUCUGCUUCUCACGCAGGCAAUUCCGUCCUUGUUUGUAGGGCUUGAAUUGAACUCUGUUGCAGUUGGGGCGCAAAGAAAUGUUCCAAUACCCCCGACGUUAGAUUUGGAUCAACCGAUAAAUGCCAACCUUAACAAUUUGUUGAGGACAGUGGAAUCGUCGUCAUUUGAUGAACAGGAUGAGGGCGAGUUCGAAACCUACUACUACUACCAACAGCCAGAACGGCCAGCUGCAACAAUUGAACCCGCAAUCAACCGUCUUGGCGAUGGUUCAGGGGAAAUCGUUCAGUCCUAUCAGCAAGGGGGCGAAGAGAGUUACUUGGAUCCCGAUAUCAUUGCACGACGGCGGGCAGAGCGUCUCGAGCGGCACAGAGACGAUCCAUUUUACAUUGCCCCUAAUGAUGAAGAAUCUGGGAGAUCUACGCCAUUACAUAAUAUCCUUCAAAGUAACAAUGGACAAGACUUGGAUAUCGAUUCAAUCCCUAUCAUGCAAUUGGAUCUUGGGAAGACCAGUCUGCCUUCCGGACGAGCGUCACCAAAGAAACCGUCAAUUUCGAAGGCGCGCCAACGCAUACAAGUCGCUGCGGAUGAGACUUUAGGCACGAGUGGAAGCUCAACACCGCGGAAUGACGAUUCGGAAAACAGUCUAGAUGGACCCAGAUCCCGACCGAGAAAAGGAAAGCAUUUACUUCUACAAGUCGAUUCCAGCCAUAUUGGCAAUUUCUCGCUCGAGGGUGACGGUAGUAGCGGGACCGAUUUCGAGCGCCAGCAAAAGGAAGAAGAGGAGAUGGCCAAAGCGAUGCAAGAAGUUGAGAGGCUGAGAUUGGAGAUGCAGAGGGCGAACGAGCGAAUCCAGGCCGCGCAGGGAGUCCCACCUGAAGGGACUGUCGUCAAGAAAAAGAAGAAGAAGAAG